AUUCACCGCUCUUUGUCCUCCUCUUCUUUCUUCUUUCUUACCACCUGCAUCGCACGACUCUUCGCGUACUUAUUCGACGGACUCUUACUUUACUCCCUGCGUACCACCCACCUCUCCUCUGCACUUUUACCACAAUUUCUGCGCUGGACCAGACUCCCCUAACAACAAGCUGAAAUCAUGGUCGCCUACUCUGCCUUUUUCUCCGCCGGCCUCCUCGCCACCAAGGAUGAGGACGCGCGUUCGACAACACCUACGCCUUCCUCGUCCGAGCUGGCCCCCUUGAGUUCAACGGAUAUGGACAUCACUCCCAAGGCCAGCAUGGAUCAAAGCACGGCCUCGCAACCCCAGAGCCAGGGCUCAGCUGCGCCUUCACGUACGAUGCGCCGACGGCGCUCGAGCAUCAACAUCGGCGCAAACUCCAUGGCGUCGAUCAAGUGCCCCGCGCGCAACGCAUCAAGCGCUUUGCAGCGCGCACGCGCGGGCAGCGUCAACGACCUCGCGCCUUUCGCUAUCAACAUGGGCGUGCUCCCUCCCAAUGCGGGCGCAAACAUGGGCUCGGUUGCGGCCGCGGGCACUGGCGUCGCGAGUGAGGACACGAGUUUGAUGAGCCGGUUCAGAAGCGGUAGCAUGGCGAGUCUCGGCGGGCCGAGACCUCGCCCCCGCCGUGUCCUUCGCCGCAGCGCCGCGGCACCAACCCGUCCUCCCCCCUCUGUGCCUCUCCCUGAGCUCCCGUCCUCGCCAAACCCACACAAGACCCUCCCCUUGAUGCUCACUGAACUUGGCGUCAACACCGCCGCACCUUAUGCAGACAUCCGCCGCCCCCUUGGCUCGCGCACGAGUUCCGUGGACAAUGUCGAUCCCGUGAUUCCCGUGGGCCUCGACGAUCCCCGUGCACUACUCAGCAUUGACACGAAGCUCGCUGCACAUGCACCUUCGGGGUUGGCGUCUAGUCCAUUUAUAGCUGGGCGGACGGGGUACUUUGAUGAUAUGGACGCAGUGAUGAAGGAGAACUAGAUUUGGCUCUGAGUUUACUGUGCCUUUCGUUAUAGGUUCUCAGCGUCGCGCUGCAAAAAUGCGAACCCGCGGCAGGCCCCGCGUAUCGUUCGCCACAGACAUUCCUACAAUACCAACGUGCUCGUAUAAUCUCUACAUAUGUACGCCCGUCAAUCCCCAGUCUUGCCUUCGACCUUCGCAUAUAUCGUCCUUAUCUAAACCCAUACCAACGUUUCACGUAAUUUGUCUAUGUUUAAAGUUGACUAUUGUCCCGAUCUACCUAGACCUAAUUAUUCUUCUCGUCUCCGAUCACGGACUGUCUAUACCUUCACGCCCGUCAAUAUCGUACAUUACUCUUCUUCUUCCGUUAUUCCGUACGCACUUCAUGUCCCGGUUUACGCUUACGUCCUGGUUCUUCUUGUCUUCGCUGGCGCUGACGUUUGCAUUGACGCCAAGCAUGUGCCGCUCGUUGAUACUGAAAAU